CGACUUCUUUUAAAUUUAAUUAUACAUUAUUGCAUGUACAUAUAUACUAUUGAGUGAUUUGAUAUGAUUGUUUAUUCCUCAUGUAAUUCUGUGUUUCUGUAUUGCGUAUAUAUAAGUGUUUAAAACACUAUCUUCGUGUUCAUUGGAAUUAUGGUGGCCUCAGUGCGUUUUUCACAAGAUUUUUGAUGUCAUUUGGAUUUUGUUGGACAAAUUUAAUUUUGAGAAUUUGGUGUGGUUUCAUAUAUUUCAUAAUUUAACUGGUUGUUUUUCUCCCUGAGCAUAGAAGCAAUCUCUAGCUUUUUCGAUGUUUUAUUCUGAUUGCGGAUUGUUGAAUAUUAUGCAAGGUGUGCUUAAAUUACAGGCCUUGAGACGACCUUAUUUUGCCAAGGGUUUAUGAUUUGACGGUUGAGCUUGCGAUCUUGAGGAGGAAAUGGGAUCAGAAGGACCAAAGAGAGUGAUUAUUCAUGUGACUGGCUUCAAGAAGCUCAAUGGAAUUGCAAAUAACCCUACCGAGACUAUAGUCUCUAAUUUAAAAGGUUAUAUUGAAAAGAAAGGUGUAUGCCCUGGUAUUUCUAUAGGUAGUUGUACUGUUCUUGAGACUGCAGGAGAGUAUGCACCUCCUAUGCUUUACAAGGUGUUGAAAUCGGCUAUUUCAAGUGACACUAUAUCCGGCUCGAAAGAAGUUGUGUGGCUGCAUAUGGGAAUGAUUGAUGGAUCAUCAAAAUUCACCAUUGAACGGCGAGCAGUAAAUGAAGCCACUUUCUUGUGUCCAGAUGAGCUUGGUUGGCAACCCAAGACUUCUUGUUCAAUUGAUGCCAUACUCGAGUUCUUGGAGAAGAUGAAGUGCUAUGAUGCAAUGAUCUCCGAUGAUGCAGGGACUUUCAUGUGCAAUUAUCUAUACUAUCAUUCUUUCUGCUUCGCUGAACAGAAAGGUCACAAGUCCCUAUUUCUACAUGUCCCUCCCUUUUCAAGAAUCAACAAAGAAACACACAUGGUCAUAUCAAGGACUCCAAGUUGGCAGUGUGGUGCUUGUUCUUGUUGUUUAGCAACGAGAGCUUUGUUAAUGAAGGGGAUAGAUGGUAUCUCAAUACCUGAGUUUGGGCACUCGGGUGUACUUGAAGAGUUGCUAAAAGUAGCCCUCGCUACCGUUACAGACCUUCCUAAAAAAGGAAGCUUUGAAGGAUGUUAAUCUAAGAUGCCGGCUACUCGUGGGCCACAGAGACAGAGCACAAAAGACACUUUUGAACUUCUGAAAGGUAGUGCUGCACUAGAAAAACUGUUUGAAGAGUAAAGCAAAGGUUUCUUAGAAAAUACUUGAAGUGUUGGGCAUGAAGAAAAUCUUGCACAUUCAUGUACUUUUAAGCCAAGCCAGCUUGAAAGUCUGGACUUAGAAGAUGAUGAAAUAGAGUUCUCGGACUUGCCAUCAUGGUCAAGUCAACAUGGGAGCAAGAUUCUCGUAAAUGUG